AUUCCCCGGCGCCACCGUACCGUACGUACUCCCCGACGGUCUACACCUUCCCAACCCCCAACAACACUAAACACUGGGGGUGCGCCGGCACCCCCGUACGUACCACGGCCUCCGGCUCUAAAAUAAAACCACACGGCCCAGCUACUCCCAGAUUAUACUCCCAUACAGCUCCAUCGUCGCCGGGAGAGAAAGCCGCCGCGCCCCGUUCCAUUUCAACUCAUCCCAUCCUUCCAAGUUCGUCGUGGAUCCCAGCCGGGCCGUCGGAUCGAUGGCCGCCGUGAAGAAGGUGGUGGUGAAGCUGGACCUGCACGACGACACGGGGAAGCGCAGGGCGAUCAAGGCCGUCUCCACUCUCUGUGGCAUCGACCAGAUCGUCGUGGACAUGAAGGACGACAAGAUGACGGUCGUGGGCACGGUCGACCCCGUCCACGUCGUCGGCAAGCUGCGCAGGCGCUUCUGCACGGUGCAGGUGGUCUCCGUCGGCCCGGCCAAGGAGGAGGAGAAGAAGGAGGUCUCCGUCGGCCCGGCCAAGGAGGAGGAGAAGAAGAAGGAGGUCUCCGUCGGCCCGGCCAAGGAGGAGAAGGACGACUGCGGGUGCGGGGACAAGAAGGACGCGAGCACGCUCGUCCCAGUGUGCCUGCCGGCGUGCUACCCGCCGCCGCACUGGUACCCGCCGCCUCAGCACCCGCACCCGUGCUACUUCAUCCACACCGAGGAAGGCCCCAAUGCGUGCGUCAUCUGCUGAUCGCCGCACAUUUUUUGCAGCCGGCCUGCAUUGCCAGCCGAUUGUUCGAUCGGGACUCAUCAGCCUACCUGCACCGGCGAUCGGCGGCGUGCGUUAUAUAUAUAUGGCCGUGUGAGCUAAAUAUUGCACCGUACCAGUGACCCAGCAGCUUGCUGCGCAUCUGCUGAUCGACGGAGUUGUGGUGUGGGUAAGAACUAAAUAAAACUGCUGUAUUUGGGUUUCGAACGAGUAUACAGCUAGCUACGCCAAAAUUUCUACAUCCAUUUACGAUCUAAGCUCUGCAUGCAUCUGUGUGGCGCACCUCGCAGUGCCGUCGUCGCUGCCGUGUACAGCCGGUCCCAACAUUUUAUCUGAUGCACUGCGCGGUGAAGUACUACAGACUGUUAGACUGUAUUUACAUGUGUAUAUUGUAACGUUGUAUACCACCUCAUUAUAUAUAUAUGUGAUAGGCCACCCCUAGAGGGUUGUGCCGGUUCCC